CACCGAUCUCCACUCACUCAACCGUCCACCACCACCGUCAUAAACGCCCCGGCUCCCCAGUCCCGAACCCUUAAUAAUUCCUUCAAAAAGAGCUCUCCGAAUUUUUGAACCCCCAGCGCCCAAACAAUGUCUCAUCCAUCGCCAGCAGCUGACACGAGCGCCGCUAAGAAACCCCAGCCCCUUCCUUGGACUCACCAAGAAACCCUCAACCUAAUCCAAGCCUACCAAGAGAAAUGGUAUUCUCUCCAGCGCGGCCAACUCAAGGCCAACCAAUGGGAAGAAGUCGCCGCAACCGUCGCCACUCGUUGCGGACUCUUAGAUGACCACGCCUCCAAAACCGCCCUCCAGUGCCGUCACAAGAUGGAGAAACUCCGCCGCCGCUACCGGUCCGAACGCCAGGGCCUUGGUCCGGGAUCACCCUGGCCUUAUUACGACGCCAUGGAAGCUCUGGAGCACGGGCCUUUGCUUAUCUCGGGUCGACCAUUGACUACCGUUGUUCCAACCAGAGAGAAACACUUUUAUCCCGAAGAUGGGCAUGAAGAUCGAUAUAACCACCAUAACGACGAGGAAGAAGAAGAAGACGAUGAUGACGAGGACAAAGAAGAAGAUUACUGCUUCAGUAAAAGCCGCAGUAUCAAUCACAUUCUGCGUCGACCGACUGUUGUGAACCGUUUUCCGGGGCUUUUAAGCGGUGGGAAGAAAAAGGUCAGACCGGAAGAGCACGAGGAUGGUGGUGUAGCAGUCGCGGGAUUGGAGGAAGCAGGUAAAAGAGUGGGAAUUGCCGUGGAAAUAAGGAGAUUUGCAGAGAGGUUUGAGAGGAUGGAAAGGAAGAAGAUGGAAAUUAUGCAUGAAACUGAGAGGUUCAGAAUGCAAAUGGAGAACAAAAGGAUCGAGAUGAUCCUUGAUUCACAGAAGAAAGCUGUAGAUAUCAUAUCUGCCAGUUUCGGGUUAAACAAAAGAAUGAAGGUGGAAGAAGAUUUGGGUUCCUCCAGGAUUCUUCAAGGUUGAAAAACCUGCAAUUUCUUGUUCUAUGCAGGUUCGGAUUUUGUAUAGAUUUUUAGACGGUACUGACAAAAUUUUUGAACUGCAAUUGUUGAGAUUUGCAUCUAUCAUUAUCAUGAUCCAGCUUU